GACAUACCCUGAGCACAUAGCCAAGGAAAGAGAGUGGCUCUGACACCGAUAGGAGGCUCUCUGAUUAAAGAGGAAGCUUCUUCUACCACAGGCAGUUUCCUUCCAAUACGGUUUCUUUUCUGUGUUUGCACCUUGCUUUUGCUCAGUUACACAGAGGUCCUGAGGGACAGCGAGAGGGACAUCGACUUCAGUCCUGCCCUGGGGCUGUAUGGUAGCAUGGACCUGCAAGGGCUGGCUCUGGCCUUUCUCCUAGUCCUUCCACCUCUGCUGCCUGCGCAGGGCAUGACGGAUUCUGCUCCCAAAGCCCAAGGAGCGGCUGAGGAUAAAGGAAGAUGCAAAAUCCCCUCCAAUUGGGACUCCAAGCUGCGGUUUGCUCCUAGCAAGACCAGCUAUGCCUUGAAUGAUGUGGUGCAGCUGAGCUGUGCUGAGGGCUACCAGCCAUCAGUCCCUGCGCUCAAGUGUGUUUCCAGCAGGAGCCAGACCUUGUGGAAUGGGACUGCCACGUGCAAGGAAACAUGCCAAAGGCCUCAGUGGGAUCAAAAACUCCAGCUGACACCCAACCACAAAAACUACCAAAAGAAUGAAGAAGUCAAGCUGAGCUGCCCCCAGGGUCUCUUUCCAGAUUUCUCCAAUGUCAAAUGUUCAGAGACUGCCCAGUCUAUGCGUUAUCCUGGAUCUGUUAACCAAUAUAUGUGGCUGGGGAAAACCAGCUCUGGUGGUUGGAUUCGCAUUCAGGAGCCUGUGAAGUGCAAUGAGAAAUGCUGGAAGCCCAUCUGGGAUCCCAAGCUCCUGUUCUCUCCAGACAAGACGUUCUACGGGCACAAUGAAGUGGUGGUGGUGAGCUGCCCUGAGGGGCAUUGGCCUCCUCCCAUGGAGAUCACUUGUGUCAAGUUAAAUCCACGCCAGCAAUAUCCAGCUCCUCAGCUCAUCUGGCACAUGAGGAAUGGCACGGGCAACUUGCACCGUAUUGAGGGAAAUAUGACCUGUGUGGAACUUCUCCAGGUUGUCCCUGGGACCUUGGAAGUUUCUGCCAGCAGCAUCAAACUGAACUGGACCUGCAGGUUCCCUCAUGCUUGCCAGCAAACAUGGGCCAUGUGCCGUCUGGCCUGGCCUGCUUCCCCUCCCUGUGAAGCUGAGGAGAUCACCGGAGAGGAGAUGCUCCGGGGAGAGAAGGGGACAUUUACCUGUCCCCUUCUGCAGCCCUUCACUGUCUACAGUGUCACCAUCUCCUUACCCCCCAGCACGGUCCUGUACACACGGCUGGUCAAGACAGAGGAAACCGUGCCAGACAAACCAGAGGGUUUGGUUAUGGACCACAACACCGGUUUGCUGAAGUGGAAGCCGCUGCCCCCCUGCAAAGGGGAGGUCCUUGGAUACCAGCUGAACAUCACAGCCAGAAGAGCACAUGAUGGCAGCUUCCUUGAAUCCGAGCGGGUGACGGUGAACGCAUCUGUCACGCAGUACCUGCCACCUCAUCAGAGACCUGGCAGCAAAUACACAGUGGAAAUCCAGGGCCUGACAGCAGCUGGUGCUGGGGAUGCAUCAGUCCUGGAAUUUCAAACAUACAUUUCAGUUGCAGGACAAGCCCUGGCUCCAUGGCCCUGGACUGCGGUCACACUGAUUGCUGCACUCUCAGCACUCGUCCUCCUGUGCGCAGGGAUCUUGUGGUUUGUGCUGUCCAGGAAAAAGAAGGUCUUGAUCAGCCACGCCAAGGAGGAUCUUUACACAGAGCUCCAGCCCUAUGAAAACUUGGACUCUUACUCUGUGAUCAAGAAAUGUCCUCUGGCAGAUAAUAAUGCAGGUAAGCACGAUGAGGCUGAAGAGCUGUCACUCCAUCUCUAUCCUCAGCCAGAGGAGAUGGGAAGAACAGAGCAGCAUCAGAAAAGACGAGGAAGAUGAUGCCAGCUCAGUGCUCAUGGCAGCUGUUUCCCCAGACCCUGCUGUGACUGCGGUCAGUUCUGGAGCAUUAUCCAGCAGAGGACUGAGCUGUUUCUUUCAGGGCACAAAGCAGCUUCUUCAAAGCGCUUACCAGUCUCCAGAACACUCUCUUGCAGAACAAGAGCAGCUCAAGGCCUGGGAUGAACUGCUUCUGUCAGCAAAGAUGUAUGCUGAACGCCCUUCACUGUGAUCAGGCCACGUGAUUGGCCUUGGAGACCCAAGCAUCUCCUUCCCAUGGGCGCUUGUUGCUGUAACCCUCCUGCUUCAGUGGAUGGAUGGCUCUGGAUGGAUGUGUGGCAGAGAGGGAAGGAAGAAGCUCAGCCCAGCAUGGCAGCUGCUUGAUGAGGAUGGAUGAACAGGGUUGGGAUAACGGGAAAACUGAGAGCUGGCAUAUGCUGCUGCCUCUGGCUGGGCUCCCGCCUUCUCUGCCAGCUGCAUAUGGUGAUGUCCAGCCCAAGCCACAUUUAUGCUUACAGUUGGCCUCAUGGUGCUGGCCUUGUGACUCUGCCCAUUGUGUUCUUACAAUCAAUAAACCUCAUGAUUUGGAGGGAGCUGCAUGCUCUGCUACAGUUCAUCCUGGUCCCCUCAGUGGGUCACUUCUCCUGUGGAAGCUGGGCUAAUCCCGUCUGGAGGAGGGAGACUGGGAGCAGGGCUCCUGUGACCCUCUGACCCACACUGAGCCUAACAGCCUGUGCUAUGGGCAAAGCUGGGGGUCCUGGGUCCCCUUAGCCCCUCUGCUGUCCCAUGUCUGAUCACCCCUCCUCCCUGUCCUUGCACUCUUUCCCGGUGUUGUGUGCACAUGCAUCAGUGUCAUCUCUCCCUUAGUGAUCUUUUAGGCUAAUGACUGACCUUCUU